CAUUGAGAGAGAAAAAAGCGAGUCCCCGAGGAGCGGUUUGCGUUUGUAUGCAUGGGGAUUGGCAACACGACGGGGCUUAUUUACAUUAAAUACGCCACAAGGUUACAGUGCAGAUAGAUGAGCGUCAUUUUUAUCACUCAUUACUUCUCUUAAGCGGUGACUGACGCUCAGGACGCGCAGGAGGCAACACUCAUUUAUCCUGGAGUUCUUUUAAGGCGAGGAGAAGAGGAGAAAAACACUCGAAACAGUUUACUUUGAAAGGCUCUUGUCGUCCCACCUUCUGUGGAGCUGUCGGUGCUCUUCCUGACAUCCGGCGUUCAUUGGAGCAGCGGCAGUCACACAGGGCUCCCUGAGUGCCGACCAGUAGCGGAGCUGAAGCUCAACGGGGCUGUCACGCUGUCCAAGGAACCCCCCCACCACACCCACUGUCUGAGGUGGCCAUUCCAGUGAGCAGAGGCAGUGAGGAGCGAGAGGCCACUUGAUCCGAACAGACAGGUUCCAUCCCAGCAUGCAGUUGGUGUGUUAAGGAUGGAGGACUCUAGUUUGUGUCUUGGUGUGUCGUCAGCGGUGUCCGACGCUGAUGCCCAUCUGAGCAAUGCAGUGUUAAAUGGCCGCUACCCCAUCAGUCAAAAGCUUCAUCAGCUUACUGCCCAGCUAGGACACGCCUUUCCUGACCUGCACCGCCCACAACAGAUCCCUGAAGAGAAAGCAGCCACGCCUUUGGACGAGAAUAACCACCACACAGCCCUGGCCAGUCAGCCUAUCAGCAGUCAGAUGGCCCUGUUAGCCAACCAGCUCAACCGAGACAUAGACGCAGGGGCACUGAGCGGGUUGAACGGGCGUGUUGACCUGCAGCAGUUUCUCAAUGGCCAGAACUUGGGCAUCAUGUCCCAGAUGAAUGAUAUCGAAGAUGACGCCCGCAAAAAUAGGAAGUAUCCUUGUCCACUGUGUGGCAAGCGCUUCCGUUUUAACAGCAUACUGUCACUGCAUAUGCGCACCCACACAGGAGAGAAGCCCUUCAAGUGCCCCUACUGUGACCACCGAGCAGCACAAAAGGGCAACUUGAAGAUCCACCUGCGCACCCACAAGCUGGGAAAUCUUGGGAAAGGCCGCGGUCGUGUCAGAGAGGAGAAUAGGCUUCUGCAUGAGCUAGAGGAGAGGGCCAUCAUUAGAGACAAGCAGAUGAGGGGGAGCAGCAAUCUCCUCCAGACACCUCCGACACCCCAUCUGAGCCUCAAUAGCAGCUCUAACACCCUUCAGCAGCAGCAACUAGGCUCAGCCUGUGGCCUUCUCCCACCCUCUGGCAUGGCCACCCCAGAAACAAUUUCCCAACCCUCUUCUUCACCCAAGCCGGCUGGCACCCAGGAUGAACAGUCCUUCAACCUGACUACAGGCUUCCGCUGUACCUUCUGCAAAGGGAAGUUCAAGAAGCGCGAAGAGCUGGACCGCCACAUCCGCAUUCUCCACAAGCCCUACAAAUGUACUCUGUGUGAGUUUGCUGCUGCCCAUGAGGAGGAACUGAUCAGUCACGUGGAGAAGGCCCAUAUUACAGCUGAGAACACACUGGGCGGGGGGACUGGUGGUCCUGGUGGCACGCAGCCGCCAACUGAAUUCCGCUGUGAAGUGUGUAGCCAGGUGUUCAGCCAAGCUUGGUUCCUUAAGGGCCACAUGCGCAAGCACAAGGACUCCUUUGAGCACUGCUGCCAAAUCUGCGGCCGUCGCUUCAAGGAACCCUGGUUUCUCAAGAACCAUAUGAAGGUCCAUCUCAACAAGCUGGCAAUCAAGAACAAGCCGAACCAGCCCAGUGAGCAGGAGAUGGCUGCCGUCAAUAGCAUGAACAAUCUUGCUCAGGAAGCUCAUGCCAAUCUUUAUUCCCGCUACAUCUCCUGUCUUCAGGGAGGCUUCCUGUCCCCAGACAAACAAGGCCUGAGUGAGCAGCACCAAAUGUUGGCUAAGGCUGGGAUUGCCAUGAAGGAAAAGGAGAUGCUAGGGAAGCUGCUGGGGCCCAUGGCAGGAGGAAUGGGCCACGGUCUGGGCGAAAACGAGAAGCGCUCACUCCUGGGUUGUCUCAACCUUGUGCCACCGCUCAAGUCGAGCUGCAUGGAGCGCCUCCAAGCAGCUGCAAAAGUGGCGGAGAUGGACUCCCUCAAUAGUUACCAAGCCUGGCAGAUAAUGGCCCGUGGCAUGGCAAUGGACAGGGCCUUCAUGCCCAAGGAGCAGCAGCACCACCAGCACCACAUACCCCAAGGGCAAGAAGAUGAAAUGAGUGGUGCUGGGGCCCUGGCUUCCUACUCAAACAAACAAGACAAACAAGACUACUCCUUGAUUGCUUCCAAUGAUAGCUCAAAGCAGAAGCAUCUCUCAGAGGCCUUGCAGGGACCAAAGGCCGCAAGUGGAGCCAUGAUGGCCAUGAAGGAAGAUGGAAGAGGCUUUGACGGUCACCGUGACUUAAUGUCUGUCCACGGCAGUGCCGAGGGCCCCGGAGCCCUUGCUGGCUUAGGAAGUCCAAACAUUGACUUCAGUCUUUCCAGUCUCUCCGUCAUGAAAGAGAAACCUUCAGAAUGCCCUGACUGUGGACGGGUCUUCAGAACGUACCAUCAAAUGGUCGUCCACUCCCGCGUUCAUGGCAAAGACAGGCGAGUCCAUGAGGAAGCGGUGCAGCAACAAGGACUGGACGAACGCCGCGGAUCAGCGAGCGACCCAGAGUCCCAGUCCAUCAGCCGCUCCACCACUCCGGGUUCAUCCAACGUGACAGAAGAGAGCGGAGCCGGAGGAGGACACUCCCAGACAGGAAGCGUCCAGGAUGACAGCCCACAUCCCUCCUCACCAUCUUCAGAUGUUGGGGAUGACUUGGGGAAGGCGGCGGGGAUCGUUCAGCCGGCUCUGUCCCAGCAUCGCGAGCGAAGCGUGGCCUCGUCCUCCAAGGAUUGCGCCUACUGCGGAAAGUCCUUCCGCACCUCCCACCACCUCAAGGUCCAUCUGCGGAUACACACAGGAGAGAAACCCUACCGGUGCCCUCAUUGCGACUAUGCUGGCACACAGUCUGCCAGUCUGAAGUACCACCUGGAGCGCCACCACCGUGAGCGCCAGAACGGCUCCACCACCUCGGCUCCAUCCUCUUGCCACAAUGCUUCUUCUGACCACAAGGAGGAUCACGGGAAGGCGACUGGUGGCGGAAUCUUUGCCCGACCGGAUGUCCUUCGUAAUGUCUUCAAGAGCAUGCCACCCAACCUGGACUUCAGGUCUGGUCCAUUGCUGCCCCAUCAGUGGGCAUCGGCUGGCAUGAUGUCUCCGCACGACCGAGAUCGUGAGCGCGGAGACCGCCGCUUUGACUCCUCUGCUGAGAACAUGAAGACGACCGAUGGCCAGUCCGCCCUUGUCUCAACAGCGCCAGAUGGCUUCUCCGACCUUAGCAGGGCUUACCAAAGCAUGAUGGGAAACGGAGUUCACUUUCAAGGUUCUCUCCAGGCCUUUAUGGACAGCUUUGUCCUCAGCUCCAUGAAAAAGGAUUUGAAGGACAACCAGGGUCAAGCCCAGCUCCAGGCCCAGCUCUACCAUGACAAUGGUGAGCCCAAAGCAAAGCGGGCCGUCUCGGCUGAGCAGGAAGAUAAGGUCGAGGUCAAACAGAAACCAGCGCCUGGCAAACCUGGGUCGCAGUAUGAACCGCUUGAUUUGUCUGUGUCAGUCCGGCCUGAGUCUGGAUCUGGAUCGAUCCCCGGCUCUUCUACCACCAUCCAUGAUAAUGUGGCAUGGCAUGGCUGCCUCUUCUGUUCCUACUCCACCUCCUCAUUGGAGCUCAUGGCUCUGCACCUCCAGGCCAACCACAUGGGUAAGGCCCAACAGCAGCGGUCUGAAGCAAGCAAGGAGCUUCAUGGAGAGACUUCUCCCAACACCUCCACCAACGCCAAUAAUGCUGGUGGUGCCCUGGACAAAGAUGAAGAAAGAAAUGGAGAGAAAAACCAGGGAGGCUGGAACAACCAUAUGGACCAGCCCUACAACCCCUUCCAGAGUGACUUUUACAGGAGGUUUGGUGGCAUGUAUGAUGGAUCCCAGAGGGCCAACCAGGGCCUUCAAGUGUAUUUGGGCCCAGCAGAACAGGGUCUAGACCUUCCUAUCCAGGCCUUUGGAGGAGCACCUUCAGCUGGAGAUGACCAUAUCAGGGUGAGGGGGGACACCGAAAACGACCAGGUUGUGUCAGAUGACGAGCUGGUAAAGGCUGGGCGACGCAGUGCUAGUGAGACUCCUUCAACCACCCCUAAAAGACAGCUGCAACAGAAUGACUCAGAUGAAGAGGAAGAGGAGCGGGGAGUGGCCGAAGAGGAGGAGGAAAGAGAUGAGGAUGGGCAAAUGGACAUGGAGAGAGAGGAACAAGAAAGUCCAGGUUCUGACCACUUCCAGAACCACUCCAAAAUGUUUCAAGACAACUCCUCCCUGCCCCUAAGGAGUGGUUUGCCAGCGUCUACCAUGACACCACUGUCUCUGGUUCCCCAAUCCAAGAACCAAGCUUUGCCACUGGAGAAGCAAUGGCAGCAAGGCCUGGCCCUCCUGUCUCCCGGAGGGCCUCCAGGACUCUUGAAGGCUGAGCAGCAGAGCCACCUAGAGCAGCAGAUGAACAUGCUGUCUGUCCUAAGAGCCUACAGCAAUGACAACCUUCCCGCAUUCAACGGCCUGGGAGGCGAAGCACCUGCAGGGGGCAUGAAGAGGCCAGAUGCACCUGUGCAUCUCUGGGUAGGAGAGGAGGACCAGCCAAUGACCCACGACCCCGCGCUGACCCACGACCCCAACCAUCUUAACAACGACCUUAACCACCCUAACAACCAUAACCUAGGCGACCCCGAGGGGCUGGACGCCCACGCUGUAAACAAAGACUAACGGCCCCACACCGGAGCAAGGCAGGAUGAUGAGGAGGAUGAUGAUGAAGGCGAUGGUGGUGAGGAGAAUGAAGGAUAAAUUAAGGAGUACACUAUAACAAAGACUUUAUUUAAGAUGAAAAAAAAAAACCACAUACUACCGUCAGAGUCAAGAGAAGGCGAGAACUAUAUGAAGGAACAGUUUUCCUUUGGGGACGGAUUAUUGAGACGCUCGGACACUAAACCAAGUGACGGCACAUUCCCUGUUGUGUCUCCUGUGGUCUGAAUGCCCCCUUGUCUUUGUUGUCUUUCUCUCUUAUACAAUGUUUGUUUUUCUUUCUUUUGAUGAAACUACCUGUCUGAUUAGCACUUCCUGUAACUGGCACCGCAAUCUCUUAUACAUUCCUUGAGCUAGAGACGUUUUUUUUUCCUCCAAAUUAUGACUAAAGUGUAGUGCUUGAUCAAAUGCUUUCAAAGACUCCUGUCGAAUGAAGAAGAUUUCACGAGUCCACGGACCACCGUUGUAUUAUACCUGGAAUGUAUUCUACUGUAAAAUAGAAACUUUACCGGGCUGCUGACGGAGACUGAGCACACUUCCUGUCAGACCAGCCCCCUUCAUGCUCUCCUAUCAGCUGGCAUUGAGUGACCAUUAACGUCCAAUGACCAUCAUUGAUUAUGGUCAUCGACGGACAGGGCACCAUAUGACAAUCUACGAUGCAAGAAGUUGACUCUUGAUGAUGGUGGUGCUAAUGAUGAUUGUGAAGGAGACAGAAUAUGAAACUGCCCUAAAUGUACUUAUGAUACUAUACCCCCCCUCCCCCCUCCCCCACACACACCUCCAUACCCAGGCCAGUACAGGCCUUCUCUCUGCUAUAUGCCUCCCUUUUUUGUCUUUUUUCUGUAUCACAGCGCCCGUAGACGCUUAAUGUACAUAGAGAGAUAUACAGUAGUUAAAAAAAAACAAAGGUUUUAAAGCAUUUGUGACAAGGAUAAAGCAAAGACAGUAGUUUACGCGGCCACGUCCUGAAAAGGUAGGCGUUCUUCUAGAGUUUGACUGAGAAGAAAUACAUUUAAAAAAAUAGAUCUUAUGAAAAAAAAAAGGGGGAACACUUUCUUUAUCGCCCUCCGGCCCCUUCUCUUCAUCUCUCAUGUCAACCUCAAGGACUCUAGUGUUGCAGAUGUUUCUAAAAUACUGCCACCGAUCAUUGUUGCACAGUGUUACUGACUACUGAAAUGGUUUGAUGUAUUUACUUUAAGAUGAGACUACAAAAAAGAACAAAAAAAAACUGGAAAAAAAGACAUAUUGUGUAUAGCCUUAGAUACAAGUCAUCUGUUAUUGCUUCUACAAAGCUAUGUAGCUGUGCUAGACCGUAGGACGUAGGGUUGAUUUCAUUUUGAUUUGUUUUAUAUGUACUGUACAUUGAUGCCUUCUCCAUUUACUGAUCAAAAGAAGAAAAAAAAGAUGACAAUCGUCUCCUGUGCUGCAAAACAUAUUUGCCCUCCCCCCCCCCCCCCCCCCCCCCCCCCCCCCCCCCCCCCCCCCCCAACCCCAUAUAUACACAAUCAUAAUAUGCAUAGAGGGACUUAAUCCUUUCUUAUUUCUUUCAUUUGUUUCGGUUCUCAGAAGUAUUUUGCACUGUGAUAGUAUUAUAAAUCCAACCUAUACAGUACAAAACUAGCUAACUAACUAAACUGAAGGUGUGUGUUUGUGUGUCCCUUGGCAUUGUGAAAUGUUUCUACGUCAUUUUUUGUGAACCCAGAGAAAAAUUCUAAUGCGGUAUGUACAGUCCAAAUAUAAUACUUUAUGAUUUUAGUUUGAGCAACCUCUAUACUGUAUGUGGCUUUGACAACUUGUUACCCCCAUUUCUUUUGUAUGCAAAUUCCCUUUUCACCUGCAGCGUUUACUGCUUUAACCCUGCGUGUUUUCCAGUGCUCAUAUUCCAACUUUGAGGACAUUUUGCUGCAGUACAGCCUGUUUUGGUUGUUUUUUUCAUUUUAAUUUGAUUUAUGUAGACUACAAUUAACCAUUCUUUCAAUUCCAAUAUGCCAGGAGAAGAGGGGAUUUAAAAACUAAAAUAAUAUGAGUGAGACAUACGAGAAGUAAUGGGAAAUAUUACAGGGUGUUAGAAGGGAGGAAUUCAGGAAGUGGGGUCUGAGUGAACCAAUCAGACGAGUCCUGCUGGAAGCACCGACCAGCGGCUUUGACCUCUGACCCCUAUCUCUGUUUUCCGGGGGUGUAAAGAUGAGAGAUUAAUGGCGGGGGUCUCACGUGGGCUCUCUCCUUCUCUGAACCAGCUAUAAUGAGCAUUCCACUCCACAUAUUAUGUACAAAACCUGUCUUGUGAGCUGAACACUCUUUAUGUUUCACUGUACCCUCAUGGCAGAUGCUUUGUUUUGUAACUACUGAACUGUACUUAUAGUAAAAAUAAAAUGUAUUCAAACUAAAAAAAAAAAAAA